UCGAAACAACACCGCAAACAUUAGCUUGGCAGUGUUGGUCAGUGUGAAAAAAAAGUUGUGUUGCUUCUUAACCAAAGGCCCGAGCGAACAAUCCAACGUGUCGCGCACAUGCUAUUGGACAGCGGAAACUCUGUAAAGUGACUGUGUUCUUGUUGAAAGAAGUGCUAUGCUGCGCAAAAAGUUUUCACUCGCCAGCGCCUGCAACUCUUGAAGCAGGAGACUUACGUCAAUGACCAUGGAAGAGCGCCAAGACAGCCUUGACGGAUGGGUGGCUAUUCGGGAGAACCUCUUUGAACCUGCGGAUGUUCCCAGCCAUGGCUCAUCACGAUUUAUUGUCGCUUUCAACCAUGUAGAGUGUCAGUUUGCAAUCAGCUACUCCGAGGGUGAGCGUCAUGCGUGUGAUAGGGACACAUGUGCCGCACGUGCUGCUCUGCUUUUUUCGGAUGCCCUGCACGACAUUCACAAGCAGCUUGUGCUUAUGUGCCCCACACUUGAGAACUCUUUCCCACUCAGUGACUCGCAGACAAAAGAUUCUUGGAACUUCUUGUGGUUUUUCUCAAAGAAAAAUGGCGUUCGCGAAAGGCUGGACUCCUCCGUGGAAGCCAAAGUGUGCAGGGAGCUGGAGCACUAUUUUAAGCAAGCACUCGACGCGACAGGGAAAAGGCUGCUCUUUUCUCUCUUGUUUGGUGAAGAAGACUACUUGACUGACUAUGAAGAAGACAUUCAGGAGCUGAAACUGCGUGGCCUGAAGCGUACCCUGGAGCGUGCCUAUGAUGAACUGAAUGAGAUACUUUCCCUCCGUUCACUCUCUGAGACUAUGUUGAACCUGUCAACUGUGUAUGCACUUGAGGACCAAGUGGUGGUCAACAUUUCCAUUGCUUUGGCUGAGCUCUACAAUUUCCAGUUAGGGCCCUUCCUGGAACUUCGCGAGGUAGCGGCUGAACGUAGCCGUGCGUUGCGCCUCCGGGCUGACGACGGGCGGCUCGGCCCGCGUGUGCGAGCCGAAGCAACAAAGGAGCUCGAAGAGUGGGAAACUCGAGCGCAGUCAGCCAACGAGGCCACGCAACACCUUUACCAGGAGUAUUAUCGGCGCACCGUCGAUCUUGUUUCAGGGCAGAGAAACAGGAUGCUUGAAGACCAGACAAAGUUCGGUCGGUCGACGUUUGAACUGUACGGUAUGCAGCGCCUUCAGAAGCUGGAAGUGUUUGUCUGCCAGGAGCGGCUCAAACUGCUCGGUGCCAUCAAGAUUACCCGAGAGCUGCAGCAUGGCAGAAUCACCAAAAUGCUGGAACAGCAGGCAUUGCGGGGUCAGUGCACGCUGGAGGAAAUGGAAGAAGAGGUGUACCGUUCUCAGCUGGGCAUAUUCGAUAUAAGCUUGGAGAUGCUCAAGGAGGAGGAGGACAUACUGCGAAGACAGAAGGACAUCCUCGAUCGCGCUUGGCAAGAGGAGCUGGAUGAGGGCAUCUUUUAUGAUGCAGUGGAGGAACGAGAUCAGAUUGAGGAUGAACUUGAGAUGGAGAACAGUGGCCCCAUGUCGAGACGAGACCGACUCAAGCUUCGUCUCAACAGGCUUUACAGGAAGCGAGCCAUCCUCAGAAACAAGCGGAAAGCCUGCAUUGCUGAACACCAGAAAAAGGUAAAGAGAAAGGAAGAGAAGAAGAAUCGGAUCAAGCAGCACCACGCUGUCCAUAUAAGACGAGAAGAGAUACGCAAGACGUUGGAGAUGAAUCACGAACGCAUUGAUAGUGAGCGCAGGAAGACAUUGGAAAGGCUCAGGGAAUACAAAAAGAAAUAUCAAAAUGGCAAAAGAAAUGCUGAUGGCACUAUGCUGGAGCCUAGUGAAGAGGGGAUAUCGAGGUCACCAUCUCCGAGGAGCCCAAGGCAGAGCUCAAAACUCCAGAAUGGCACUGCAGCGGACAGAAGAAAAGCAUUCAAAAACUCCUCCGAGAGCACCAAGAACAAGAAGGAUGACCUGUCUCUGCCUGUACCCCCUCCUUUACCACCGCCUGCUGUGCAACUCCCACCGCCACCACCGCCUCCUCCUCCACCGCCUCCGCCACCACCACUGAUGCCAUCGUUAACGCCAGCUGCCCUAAAUCCCAUUCCACUGACAGCACUCAAAAAGCCUGGACCAAAGCAAGAUCUGUCAAAGCCUAACCAAGCAGAAUCUAGCAAGACUAUCAACCUCGCAGAAAUUCUUGCUGCUCGUGGCAAACUCAAGAAAGCCGCUACCUCUGACGAUGACAAAAAUAGAAAUUCAGCAACUGGAGGUCAGUCCAAGGACUUCAAUGCAGUUCUUAAAGCAGCUCUUACAAAGAUUAACAUUGCCUCUCAUGGACCUGAUAGCUCCGACCAUGAGAGUGAAAACAGUGAUUUUGAGUAGGUUGCACCCCAUAAAAUUUUAAAAUGCUGAUGUUUGCACUCCAAUUUCCGUCCUUAACAGGUGUUGAAUGCACUGCAAUGCAGAUUAUGUGCUGCUUUUAUAUUUGUGAGGGCUUUUGUGGUGCUGUGUUCGUGCACAUAAGCAGUCUGCAGUAGUCAAAACACUGCUUUCCUUGAGCAUUGAAAACUGGGUGAGCUGGUAAGGGUUCAUCUUCUGCACAGUUUCCUAGAAGAUGAACAGCUUUCCUCAUUGUGAAUGCUCAAUGCAUCAUAUUGUCUGCAGCAUUUUGCUUCAUUAGGUGGAGUUAUUGCUGUAAAGGUGUGCUCGUGAUAUUUGCUUCACAGAAAUUAAUCACUCAUAAAUCUCUGCAUGAAACGCGUGUACCUGUCUGUGAAGGUCUUCAUUUUACGUCGGAGAGGGGGCAAAGUUAUGUUUGAUUUUGUGCUUGUUUAACUGUGAUCAGCGCUUUGAAAAAAAAAAAAGUUAGGCAGACCCUGAACUUCCUGAGAUUAUAGUCAUUGCAAGAAUUCACAUGUUUUUUUUGGCAAAGCUAUUUAUAAUAGGGCUUGCUGCUACAUGCCUGUCAAGGGAGUGAAAAAAUUUUUGCUUCCCAUUUGCCAUGUAACAUUUUGAUACGUUAGGCUGGUAACAAGUAUACACUGGCAGUCUUCUCAUGCCUUGUUAGGUGAGAAGGUGUACAUCAGCUAUUCUCUGCGCUUACUGUGAUUCACAAACUCCUCUAAUCAAUGUUUGAAAACUUUCUGGUAUUUUAAAAAAUUGUGCAUGUGAAUAAACCGCCGGUCUCGUCUUUCUUGUGCUUCUCCACUUCAAGGCGCAACUAGUGUUACCUCUGGCCUAUAGAGCUUCAGAGGCAAGCUAAUCUCCUCUACAACUUGUCUCCAAAAAUUUUGUUUGGGGGUUAGGUGCUGUUGUUGCGGUUGGAGGGCUAAUGCUUUGGGCAAGGAAGGGCACAUAGGGAGUUAUGUGGUGUACAGUUUCGUCAUUCACCUUUUCAGAGCCUAGACAGGGCUGCUGGAGAUAAAAAGAGUGAACUAGUGUGGGUUUUUUUUUUUGUGCUAGCCUUUGUACAAAAUGGUGACCACAUUGAUUUCAGUGCAUAUGCGAAUCUGUUUGAGUGCGAUGGGGUGGAUAUCUGUGAAGAUGCGAGGGUGAGGAGCCGAAAAACAGGUGGUGGCCUGUUCUACAAUCGCCCUGCUUAUGAUUUCAAGUGCAGCUGCAUGGUUUGGACUCUUGGGCCAGUGCAUUAUGUUCCUGUUAAAACGUGUUAGUGUGAUAUGACAUACAGCCUAUUAACGACUGCUUGCAGCUUUGUGAAGCAUCCUGUCUGUGUGGCUGGUCAUGGCACUGGUAUGCAUCACCAUAGAAGAUUAUGUAUGUGACACUGUUCUCGAAUGCCAAGAACUGCUCUAUUUGCAAAAAUGUAGUGGCAUUGCACUAUUGAUGUUUCUAAUUGUUUUAGGCACAAAGUGUUUGUUAGCAUAAAAAGUGCAAGAUUAUGGCAUAGCUUAAUUUCAGUGUCAGUGGUAUUCAGUGAACAAUGUUGGCUGUGUUCUGUGACGAGCGUGAUACCUCUGCUCAAAGAAAAAAGCUAGUUAUAAAUUAUUUGUAGUGGUAAGAUGUUUUAUAUGUGGUGAGAUCAUUUAUAUAUUACAUGUUAGCUUGAUCAAGUAAUAUAGAAUCAAAGAGUUCUUGUGUGGUUGCUUUUUGGAUUUUUGGACAUCACUUUUAUGAGACCGAGUUGUUAUAUGUAAAUACCUUUGCGUUUAGCAUCAUACUCGGAAUAUGUCAAGAUAUAGUUGUACAUUUUUCAUUUUGUAAUUUUGUGUACAUUGAGUCUUGAUGCAUCUCUUCUUUUGUGUGGCUGCUAUUUUGGUGGCAGUUUUGAAAUAAUUGGUUCCACCAAAAAGUAAAAAGCAAAUUUCGUGUGACCUUUUUAUCACGCAUGAACUUGUCGUCUUGUGCUGCCUAUACUUGCGGUUUUAGUCUUAUAUGGUCUCGUGAACAUUCAUUUCAUGAGUGCACUGUUAUGUGUUGUGUUUUUACUGGUGUGUCUGAAAAUAUUUUAAGAGUGGGCAGGCUGAAUGUUGACUCCCCUUCCCGCAAGAUAACUUGAGAUAUCAUAUUUGCAAUUUAAUGCCUAAAUAACAAAAUUACUCCUACUAUCUCUUUUAUAACUUGUCAAGGUGGGGGCUGCAUCUUAAUGUGAAACAGUUUCUACUUUAUGAGUGUGCACUAACUUAGUUUCUUGUUGCUCCAUGCUUAGGUUUUGGAUACAAUUAAUGCAGAUGUUUAAAAGAAUCUGGAAACUUCAAGGUUACAAACUUGGGUUGAAAUAUUUGUCUUAAGGUUUAGCAAACACAUCUGCAGGAAGAUUUCUCUUGGUUUAUUGGUUACCACAAAGUUUUGUUCAAUAAGCUGGCAAAAAAUAUUGGCUUUGUGCUUUGUAACCUGUGUUUGUGUACCAGAGCUUGCUGGGUACAAGUGCUUCAAGAGUCUUGGGGUUUAUAGUGGGUUACAGCCUAAGAAUAAAUGCAAGCUCCAUCACCAUCCCCCCCCCCCCCCUCCUACAGGCAGAAUUAUCAUAAAUGUCCCACUAAUUGAAAUCACUUAAUUAUGUGAUGUUGGGACCUUUUACGUAUUUAAGGCAAAUGGCUUGGCUGUACAGGCACGUGUUGUUCAUUGCGACAGUUUUCGAUUGCAAAAAAUUGCUUUUUUGCUAAUUUAAUCAAAAAUUCCAACUUCACUGCCUAGCCAAAUGUAAUAUUUUAACAAGAAAUGAUGAAUCUUUAAUUUAUAAUAUGCAUACUAUUUGAAUUAUGAGCAAAAAAUUUGUUAUGGUUUGAACAGAAAUCGCCAAUCAUUGCUCUGUUGCACAGGUAAAUGACAGGGGAACUGCAGUACUGGAGGCAGAGCACGUAUUUAUUCUCAGAUUGUAACCGACUAUAGUAAAACAGCACUCGUUUUUUUGUUUUUAUUACAAUGCAUGUCUUUUUUUUCUGUGAUCUCAACUCAAAUUCUUGCUGCAUUUUUCUCUGUUGCAUUAUGUUGAUAUUCAUAUUAUAUGCAUGGUUUUGAUACCAGUUGCAUUAACUUAAAAUGUUGCAUAUUUUUCAAUAUUUAGAACUGUGCCUCGAGCUUUCCUGAAGCUAUCGCUCGAAUAUCUCACCUGCUCUUUCUUCAGCAAUUUCAGACACUUCAGGUGACAUAUGAAUUGCUCCAUGAGGCACCUUUUUUUGGUAUAUGUACUGUAUUGAUAACUGCUGCCUAUUCUCUCUUUCCAACUUUUUUAAGAUCUUGACAUAUAUCUGUACUCAUUGUUUUUGUUGAACUCGGUUUCUACUGGCUUAUUCUAAUGUGUGAGUAGUUGCCCAGUCAAAUUAUGCAGCAGCUGUUCCUUUGAUAAAUGUAUAAACUUGUGUGCUCUACCACUUGAAUGUCUAACAUUAGCACAGGGCUAUGUUUUGCUGGCACUUUUUAAGUGCCAGCAAAAAGUAAACAAAGCUCAGAAAAUUACUUUUUUGUUGUUGUAUAUAGUAAACAAGUGUUCUGUUCUUUGCUGCAUCAAAAUUUGUUUAGCAUGCUGGUAGUAAUCUUGCAAACCAUCUUUGAAACUCUAAAUCACGGAGUUUCUCACAAAAAUACCUAGAGGUCAAUCUGCCGCCACCGUCUAUUCGGAUUUCUUUAGGGGCGCCGUUGGAACACUGUGAAUGACGGUAUAUGUCUGCGAGGCUUGUGUUCCCCAAUGUGAAGAGAGGUUUUGGCUUAAAAUCGGAUACGACUCCGCAAAUAAAGCUUCUCAAAAACAAAAAUUUUAUCAGUGGGUCUCAUUUACGCAUAUUAUAUUCUAAAAUAGAAGUCCACUCAGCUGUACGGCAUAACCAAGCGGCGAAAUAAGAAAACAGACAACUAGCAGUGACAGUAUUAAUCCUGGCUUUUUCGUCUGCCUGCCAAGUUUAGCACCCGUUCAUUACCUUCUACGCUUCGUGAAAUUGUGCAUCAAUGCAGAAGUUCUCAAUGUUAAAUAAAAUUUGUUUUUGUGAAAUGAUAAAAAAUAAAGAGCUUACUUUGUGCUCCUUUAGUAAGAAAUCAACCAUUUUAACACAAGGAACGCAUUGAAGCUAGAUGCGUCUUAGAGGUGUUCAGACUGUGAACGAUACAAAUCGUAGUCAAGUUCGAAGCUCACAUUUCCCGGCAUUCCCAUGUGUCCAACAGCUUGCAGUGCCACUUUUCUCUCUAGGUAAGUGUAACAAACUCUGUGCACUAAAUAGCCGUGCGCAUUAAUUGACAUAUGAGUGCUUAUGAUGGGCAGUCUACUGCUGCCUUUUAUCCCUGGACACUGCAGUCAUUGGAAAUGCUUUAAAGCAGAGUAAACCUCCGUUUCAGCUAAUUGAAACCCAUAGUUUUGUGACAUAAGCAAAUCUAGCUUGAAACUGCCACUUUUACUUCUGUGGUAUAAUGAACUCGCUAGGCAGUAUACUGGCCAAACAGCAGGCUAUCCAGAAUGCUAAAUUGGUGUGAUAGGACUGGUUUCAUCCUUGGCACCUUUUCCAGAAGAUAUUGUUAACAUGCAAGACAUGACGUAAGACAUGACAAGCAUCACAUAUUAUGGGUUAAUCAAUUGCAUUGUUUAAUAUUAUCAAGACAACUUCGAAUACUUUUAUGCCUAGAGCAUAACCUCAUUUGCUUGUCGUUGCCAAGCGGUGCAAAGUGCCUGAGUGUUCUUGGAGUUCCUGCCUAAUGUGAAUUCCAAAGUAUUGGUGGACCAUGUACUCGUGCAAUAAGCCUGUGUUCUUGUAGGCAGGGCAGAGAAUUUUUCACAAAGUCAGGCUGCUUGCUGAACUGAUGAAUACGCUUGUGGUCACAACACAAUCAAGAAUGAAGCAUAAACACUGGCAGGAAUUUGUGGCCAGCUACCAUUGAUGGAACGCUUGGGACAGCUUUUGUAUCGCAAGCAUUUGCAGAUUGCAUUGUGCUUACACUAGCAACUUGCUCGUUUCCCCUCUUUAUAUAUGUGUAUAAUAUACGCCUGUAUACAAGCUAGUGAGCUAGUCGGAAUUGUGUGGCUGCGUGUUAGUUUCUUGUAAAUUUCUUAGUACGGCAACAAUCUGUUAGUCAUUGCCAUAGGGAAUGAAAAAAAAAGUGAAAGUUACACAGACAAAUAUGUAAAUGAAAAGCACAAAUAGUUGUGUUCAUCAUUUUUUUGCCUGCAUAAUACCUUCACAUUGUUUUAUUUGAAAUGUGUACACUCCAACUUGCCCACCUCUCAGUUUUGAAGCAAAUCUGUUGACAGGCUUGCGUUUCAUUCUUUUUCAUUCAUUCAACAGGUGUUAAUGCAAGCUAGCGCUUGCCAUAUUUUGUGGAUCAGUGCUAAUAUUCAGUUUACGUUAUGAUUUGAUGUUUACAUUUCUGUGUUGAACACUUCUGCAUGACUAGUUAACAAUGCAAGUUUCGUAGCAUCGAUGAACCAACCUGUACCAAGCAUGUUACUUUUGUACAAUACAGCACCUGACAGUUGUGCGUUGAAAACAAGCUAGCUUCUCUGUGCUUCAACAUGGAUGUUUAUGAUAUGCUAUGCUUGAGGUGUUGGCAACAAAACUUCAGUUGCGUGAUUUUGAACAUCUCGCCAUAUGUGUAUCAUGGCUUCAGUAUUGUUGAAGUUUCUGUGAAUCUGCUAGGUGCAUCUAACCAGUGGAUGAAACAAGAGUUGAGCUGCGAGUAACAGUGGCCGUUGAUAACAAAUUGUGGCUGCACAGUUUGCAGGAGCAAUAGCAUAUAUCGAGACACUAGUGAUAGAAGAAAAGAAUUGCAAUUUGCUAGCUUCAUGGACUGAACGUGCAGUGAAUAUACUCUUUCUUUUUAUCUCAUAAUAAAGCUGUUCUGUUUUUACAGGCAUUGCCUCUGCUAUACAUGAGUGUUUGAUGGCAUGUGCUGGCAUUAUUGUCAAGCUGGUGCUUCGGAGCACCAAAUUACAAGGCUAUGAAGGCUGUGAUCCGAAAGUGUUGCAGUGCGUUUGCUGUGCUUUGUCCUCACACUGGGUGCAGUGAACUGUAUGCCCUUUUAAAAUGUAUAUGUUCUAGGAAGUAUAUUUUUGCCUUUGUUGUGCAUAAUAAAGCAUCUUUCGCUUAUUGCCCUUA